AUGAGGCUCCAUAAUGAUUUAAGUGAUGCUGUUGAAAUAAGAGAAUUUGCUGAUUGGAUACUUAAAAUUGGAGAUAGAAAACUAGGAGAACCAAAUGACGGUGAAGUUGUGAUUGACAUCCCAGAAUAUAUUUUGAUGAAAAAUGUACAAGAUCCUAUUGCGUCAAUUGUUCAUAACACAUAUCCUAAUCUAAUAGGAAAAUUGAGCGAUGGAAGCCUUUUCUAUGAUAGGGUUGUUCUAGCUCCUACAAAUGAAAUUGUUGGCAGAGUUAAUAAUAAUGCAAUGUCAUUAAUACACGGUAAGGAAAAAGUGUACUUGAGCUUAGAUUCUAUAAGCAAAGCAGAUGGUUUUGUUAACAGUCAAAACAAUGCAUUCUCAGUUGAGUUUCUAAAUACAAUAAAAUGUUCUGGUUUGCCGAAUCAUGAAAUCAGUUUGAAAAAAGGUGUGCUAAUUAUCUUGCUUAGGAAUAUUGGUCAGUCAGCUGGUUUGUGCAAUGGCACAACGCUGAUUGUAAGUCAUCUUGGGGAACAUACCAUAGAGGCUAAGAAUUUUACAGGAUGUAAAGAGGGAGAUACUGUCCUUAUUCCACGUAUCACUCUUACACCAACUGAUAAUGUUAAUCUGCUUGUUAAGAUACAGAGAAGGCAGUUUCUUAUAAGCAUAUGUUUUCCUAUGACUAUUAACAAAAGUCAAGGACAGUCUUUGUCACAUGUUGGAUUAUUUUUUCCAAAACCUGUUUUCAGCCAUGGUCAACUAUAUGUGGUUGUAUCACGUGUGACAAGUAGAAGAGGACUAAAGAUUUUAAUAUGUGAUAAUGUAAACAUCACAUAUACUUCUACUUAUAAUGUUGUGUUCAAGGAAGAGAAGAUUUCUAACAUCAAGCUAUGGCAAACUAUUGUGAGUAACAGUAUGCUACGUGAAAUAGUUAAUUGGAUUUCAGGUAUUGGAAUUUCUGUCUCCAAUGGAAUGCCUGCUUUUUGA